UUCUUGCUAAAUGCAUAGAUGCAUUUUAACAUCAAAGAACAAAUAGCCUUGGAUCAGUUUUUACUGCCAACAAAACCUGUUGGGCCAUCAUAAAGUAUCUUUAUCAUUAAACUUUUCAUAACGCCAAUCACUCACAAUGAGUGAGUAUUUCGCUAGAUCAAUGAUGGAUUUGAACAGUAUCAGUAGUCAUUUUGGGGUCCCACGCCUCGAUCUGAAAAAGACGUUGAGUCACAACGAUCUCAGUCCGCGGUCAUUUUUCACGACUGGUUCAAAAUCCGACAUAUUGAGUCCUCGAUACUUUGAAGAUACGCCGGCGCCUAAUUCUUAUCAGAUUAAAACUUCAAUCGGAACCACACCGGGAGUGUCAUUCAAAGGUGACAGAAGGCGAAAUUUUGACUCCGCGAAAAAGAACGCAUGUUUCUUGUUGCCAAAUCUUGUGGAUGACACACCUGGUCCAAAUGCUUACAAUGUGGAAGAUAAAUUCGGGUUUAGAGGGAAGAUGCCUUCAUUGAAAGGACGUCGAAGUCAAAGUGGUCCGUUUCAAUCCAACCGGGGCCAAUUGCAUGUGCAACCCCAAUUUGAUGAAAAGGGAUCAAGGUUUUUAAGUCCGAACAGUUAUGAAAUGCCUUCUUCCAUUAGGAAGACCUCAGGCGUUUCUAUGAAAGGAGACCGCAACAGAAACUUCAACGAAACUCCACGAAUGAAUUGUGGUUUUCUUCUACCAAACACAAUAGAGGAAACACCGGGUCCUGGGAGUUACAACAUCGGGACUUCGGUGGGAUCAUCGAUUACGUCAGCGAGUUUCAAAGGGAGCAGGGGCAGUCUUGGACCCUAUCAGUCCGAAAAUGGCCGAACAUACAUUUCGCCUGAGCUCUCGGCAAAAAGCAGAAACGAUACUCUGUAUGAUGUGCCAACUGUCUUUGGUAAAGCUCCCGGGGUGUCGAUGAAAGGAAACAGACAGAGGAAAUUCGAAACAGCAAAGAACCAGAAUGCAUUGUUUCUAGUUCCGGACAUGAUUGAGCACACUCCGGCCCCCGGAGCAUAUAACAUUAGAAGCACAAUAGGUACAGACUCGGCAACGUCAUUUAGAGGGUCUCAUUCAGAAAGUCGGUCUCAAACGAGGCAAAAAUCACGACAAAGAGCAUUUGUUGAAAUGAAUAGCCAGGGCGUGUCAUUCAAAGGAGACCGAACCCGAAGAUUUGAUAAUUUUAAAGAAAAUCAUGCAACAUUUUUACUUCCGGAUGAUUCAAACGAUACCCCAGCGCCGGGCUCGUAUAACAUCAGAACUACAAUAGGAAGUGGAUAUAAUGGCUUGAAAGAAAGUCGGGCUCGAGAGCAUUACGGGGGUCCGUUUCAACAAAAUAGAGGACCUUUGUAUAUCAAGCCCGAAAUAAAUACCAGAGACAAAACUCCGGGUCCAAAUGAUUAUAGAGUGACCAGCUCUGUCUUGAACACUUCCCCGGCUGUUUCUUUCAAGGGGAGACGACUUAAUUCUCUUUUCGGAGAACCUCCACGGCCCGGUCCGGCGGAUUACUCUCUCACGAAAGCCAAUCUCCGGAAGACUCCGGUGUUUUCUAACAGACAGAAAACCAAACCAUCUUAUCCGGAAUCUCUUAACUACACAGCGAAAGAUGCCAAAGAGUUGCCCGGUCCCGGAAGUUAUAGCACCCGGAAGAAGUUUUCUACCAAUGAUUCUCCCGCUUACAAGAUAGGAGAGAAGUUAAAAGAGAAAAUAGACGAGAACCCUGCUCCCAAUAAAUACGAGUACGAGAAACGAAAAUCUGAAGGUCCGGCGUUUUCCAUGGGGAGACGGUUUGAGAUACCAGAUAGUCGCACCAGUCCUGGUCCUGCUUCUUAUGUACCACGUGAUCAAGAUGAUGGCGCUCCCAAGUAUUCAAUCACCGGCAGAUCACAUGACUCAAAAGUCGAUGAAGGGCCAGGGCCGAAUGCCUACAGCUUGAAUACAAAUCAACACCCAGAUGUUGGAACGACGCUUAAAAGUCGAGCCAGUCCGUUUGUGUAUUCCGGAUUUCAGACCAACAAGUUUUCAGAAAAUACUGGACCCGGUGUUGUUGCAGCCCGAAGCUAAUUGAUUUCUGUGAUAUAUAUAUUUGUAUGAUAAAAAAAUUAUAUGUUGUUUGCAUUAAUUGUUAAAUUUUAAAGUUUUUUUCAGUUAAGUUUUGUAUUAAAUUUUAUAUACACGUGUACAUGAACCUAACAGUAUUAACAAAUCUAAUAUAUUUAACAUAUGAUCAGAUAAUGGGAAAGCAAAUUAAUGCUUUUUAAGAUGUUGAUAACGCUUGUGCUUUCGUUUUGUUUUGAGUUUGUUAUUUCACCCUAUCCUGAAAAAGUUAAAGAAUCCUACAGUUUUAUAUUAAAUACAUUUAUGUUAUUUAGAAUUUACAGACAAUGCGUGAAAUUCAUUAUUUUCAUUAAG